CUGUUGAUUGUUAAUACCCUGCUCUCUUUGAACCUAUUCUGCGCCACAAUCUGAGACCAUAUUGAUUACCACCAGAAUACGAGGAACCGACAGCACAAUGAGAAACACCAUAUUCACUCGAUUUCUCCUCCAGAUCUGCUUUGCCUUGCUGGCUGUCGCAGCACCUGUUUCUGACCCCGCGUUGGGAACAGCAGCUCACGGCAACACCUGGCAGUACGGCACCGGUGGCGGUAUUCUCGGAUUCAUUGUCCUGGUAUUGGACAUCAUUGUCUUCCUUGAAGUUCUGAAGUCCAACCGGCCUGUCAGUCACAAGGUUCUUUGGUGUCUCGUGGUCUUCCUCUUUCCGAUCGUUGGUAUGGUCAUCUAUUGGCUGUUUUCGAAUCGCGCUGCCCAUAACUCUCGGUCUGGAUAUGACCCUAUCGCCUAAAAGGAAGAAUGAACCCUCCCAUAUGGACCAUACAUAAGCCAUUUUUGCGCUACUUUUCUGUAGUGAAUACGGCAAAUCAAUACUGAAGUGGAGGACGCAUUUCAAAUACGGUUGCUGGGUCUAUGAUGUCCUGAGAUAAUAACCCUAAGCAAUCUGUCAUGGGUUGUGCAUGCAUAGAUGAUGGAGGUCUGAGUUAAGAUAUACUAAUCUUAUAAUGGAAAUAAACUACUGUGAAUUCGCUCCUUUCUCAUCGAAUUUUCGUCAAUUUGUCGUUUCAGUAUCAGAUUUGCCUAUUAGGCAGUCCAUCAGUAUUGACGAUGGCAAUAACAUGUUUUGGCA